AUGUGGUAUAUUCUAACUAAACAUGAACAUCGAUUUAAAUUAUUACUUAUUCAUUUAUUUAUUUCAUAUAAUGGUUUAUUUACAAAUGUGAAUUCGUUGAAUAUAUCAUAUUGGAUCAUUGAUAAUACAAACAUGACUAUUUCACAACAGAAUAAUUCUAGUAUUAAGUCAACAUUAUCAAUUAACAAGUUGAAUACCUCAGAAUGUAUUAGUGAAAAUGAUUCUGCAUUGAUAACAGGGAUAAUUUUUAUUUUAUCAUUAAUUGUUGCAAUAGCUACAGCUGGAGGAAAUUUUCUAGUCAUUUUAGCCGUGAUACUUGUGAAAAAACUUCAAACACCAAGUAAUAUUCUUAUUGGAAGUUUAGCAUUCAGCGAUUUUUUUGUAGCUUUGUUAGUUUUACCGUUUACAAUAAUUGAUGCAUAUCAAGGUUAUUGGCCGUUUAAUGAAGGUUUAUGCGAUAUGUAUAUAUCUUUCGAUGUACUAUUGUGUACUGCAUCAAUAUUAAAUCUUUGUGCAAUUUCGAUUGAUAGAUAUUUAGUUAUCACAAAACCACUGACAUAUGCAAGUAGACGAACACCACAACGUAUGGCUGCUAUGAUAGCUACUGCAUGGAUAGGUUCAGCAUUGAUAAGUAUACCACCAAAUUUUGGCUGGAAAGAGCCAUUUCAAAAAUGUGCCUGCGAGUAUAGUAAAAAUGUUGGUUAUCAGGUGUAUGCAACAUUUUUUGCAUUUUAUCUACCACUUAUAGUGAUGAUUAUUCUGUAUGGUAGGAUAUUCAAAUUGGCUAGAGAAAUGUCACGCAGUGGUCAGUCAAAAAUGACACCAGGCACAUCAUGUAAGUCAACUGAAGUGCCAGAAACUAUAUCAAAUAAUUCACAUUCAGAACCGAUAUUAGAUAAGAAUAUACAGGAAUUACAAAUUACAAGUACAAAUAUAGUUGAAUAUGUACAGUCAGAUGAUGAGCACAUAGUAACUAAUGCAAUUAAUAAUGGUGUGAAAAAAGAUGGAGGUACAAAUGACAUUUGCGAAGCAAUAGAAAAUGAUAAAAGAUUAAACUCUUACUCAUCAAGAAAACUAUUGACUGAUUCUAUGAAUUUAACCAAUGAAUUGUCCAGAGAAGCUCAUGGAAGAAGAUCUCGUGGGAAUUCUGACACUAAAGUAAUUAAAACGCUUGGAGUUAUAAUGGGAUGUUUUUGUCUUUGUUGGCUUCCAUUUUUUAUGAUACAGCUACUUUUGGCCCUUUUAAGUGCAGCUGGUUACAACACUGCAAACAUGAUUCCAGUUAGUGUGUUUCGAUUUUUGCAAUGGUUAGGUUACGUGAACAGUUUUCUAAAUCCACUUAUAUAUGCCAAAUUUGAUCGUGAAUUUCGUGGUCCUUUUAAAAUGAUACUUCUGUGCCAUUGUCGUAAUAUUAAUGCACGAUUACGUGCAGUUCAUUAUUCUGCUCAAUAUGGUCUACCAAGUUCAUCAAGUAAACGUCAAAGCAUUGUUGUACCUUCACUUUAUACACGUAAUGAUAUGGCUUCAAGAUGUCUAGGGCAGUCUGUAAAUCAGAGAUCUACUAGUGCCGUACCCAUAAGGCCACGUCGAAGACCUCAAAUGAAUUUCAGAAACGCUAUUUCAGGGCGAACGGAUGAAAGAUAA